GUAGAUGGAAAUGUGGAAAUAAUUAGGGCGCGACAGGGUAUUGGAGACGAACUCUAACAGAUUUGUUCUUAACGAUAUCAUGCUGACGUUAACCUUCAGUUCUCUCCUUGUUUUCUUGGCCCUAGUGUUAUACAUAAUAAACAAGCUAAUGAAAGGAACACCGGACGUAACAUGUCCAGUAUUUCAUAUGAAUUCAUCUUCUCUGCACACGGAAUUGUAUUUGUUAGAACAGGACACAUCUUUGUCAAAUUAUGCACAAGAUGGAUGGAACAUGGAAAAACAACUGAAAAAAUAUAAAGGGAUAAUUUCGAAACAACCUUUAGACAGUCACACAGAUACCAGUUUUGAAAUCGGAUUUACAUAUCUCGUACUUUCUAGAGUGUUGAAUAAUCAAGUUCUUCUCCAGAUCGGGAUUGCACAUAGAAGUCUGAUAGAUUUUGAUCUCACUUUGGGGAAUCAUAAAUACGCCUGGUCAAUUUCUGUCGCGGGAUGCGAUGAUAAUUAUUUGUGUUUGGUUGCAGAAAAUGAUGGCAAAAAGAUGGAGGAAGUUAAAAUUUCGGAAAACGUUGUAAACUCCACGAGCUCUAAGAAACUGAUAUUUCAAUACAGUCCAAUAAAUGCUUUCUUAAUCGUUUCAAUAAAUGUCGUCACUAAGGAGUUUAUAACUUUCCGAAACAUCAUGAUCCAGGAAGAAAUGUGGGCGGCAUUCGCUGUUUAUAACCCAGCUUUGGCAGAAACGACAGUAGCAUCAUUAAACUUGGAGCUUGAUUUCACAACUCUUCACAGAGUUGUCUUUAUAUCCGAUGAUGAAAGAUGCAUUUCAAAUGUUCAACUAACAGAUAGCUAUCAAACGAGGAACCGGAAAGGGAACCUAGAGAGGUAUAGGGGAGUAGUGGGCGACAUACAAUUUUCAAGCAAAUUUCUGGAAAUCUAUCCUCAAUACUUUGAAGUCGUGAUCGAAACUGAUGUUUUUGCUCACCAUCUCAGAACUAACGAAUUUUUUUUCGAAAUAGGAUUUACACGUCAUCAGCUUGUUGAUAGUGGAACGAUGCUGAAAUAUUUCAACUCAACGUGGUCAGUAUGCGCGACAUUGUGCCGAAAAAGUAAAUAUCAUGUAUGUUUGCAAACCUGGGAAAACAAAUUGUUACGCAAGGAAUGGGAUAUAUUCCAGCUGGGGCGUUCAAAAAUAUUCAAAGACAUUACAGUAUUAGGCUUUGUUAUCGAUAUUGAAUUGCAAACAAUAACUAUCAUUCGAAGAGGACAAAGGAAACAUAUUGACAAAUUUAGUGGAGUUCCUUUUGAUGAAGGUGUUUUUCCUGUUUUCGGCGUCAGUCAUUGGCCCAAGAUUUCAUUAAAACUACAAACUGGGAACUCCAUACCUAGUUAUAGCAUAUUUGGAUAUAAUUUCAUACACCCUGCAUGUCUUGUGGAACAGUAAAUGUGUAAUGGCGUUAACAUAUCAAAUAAAAACUGCUUUAUCGCCGUGUUUAUUGACGUGGAAAUUAAGUGCAAAAUGAACAGCAUGCUUCAAAAUUUGUUGAACGUUUACUUGAAGACGAGAAGAGAUAUUAAAUUCAGGUGAAUCUAAAAGAAAUGGUCAAACUGUAAAGUAAACCCUUACUUCUAUUUACAUCCAUUUGUGUAUGUACUACAAUUUAAGUAAUAAUGAUAACAUUAUCACAUCCACGAAUAGCCAUCAGAGUAACUCUCCAGAAUGUACAUACACACUGUACUUAAUAUACUGUUUUCUAUUAA